CUCACCGUUCGCAGGCGGAACCCUUGCGCGCAGGAACCAGCUUUCUCGCCGGAUCAUAGGCGUCGAACGCGCGUGCGUGACGUUGUUGCCGGCGCCCCUGCCGCCGCCGCCGCCGCCGCCGCUUGAGCGCUCGUUGCUGUCAUGGCGGCCUGAGGUGCGGCGCGGGCGGAAGAAGGAACGAAUCGGGCGGCAGCGGCAACUGCCAGGUUAAAGAGUCUAGAAUGGCAGGGGAACAGAAACCGUCCUGUAAUCUCCUUGAGCAGUUUAUUUUAUUAGCCAAAGGCACUAAUGGAUCGGCUCUGACGGCUCUCAUCAACCAAGUCCUGGAGGCCCCUGGGGUUUAUGUCUUUGGGGAGCUACUGGAAUUAACAAAUGUGCAAGAGCUUGCUGAAGGGCCGAAUGCUGCUUAUUUCCAGUUGCUAAAUCUCUUUGCCUAUGGAACAUACCCGGAUUAUGUAGCAAACAAGAAUAACCUGCCAGAGUUAACGGGAGUCCAGAAGAACAAGUUGAAACACUUAACUAUUGUCAGCUUAGCUUCCAGAAUGAAGUGCAUUCCUUAUGCAGUGUUACUGAAAGACCUGGACAUGCGGAACUUGCGGGAGCUGGAAGAUCUGAUCAUUGAAGCUGUUUACACGGACAUCAUCCAAGGGAAGUUGGAUCAGCGUAACCAGAUGCUAGAAGUGGAUUUCUGCAUCGGCAGGGACAUCCAAAGGAAGGACAUCAGCAACAUCAUUAAGACUCUUCAUGAAUGGUGUGACGGGUGUGAGGCGGUUCUGUUAGGAAUUGAACAGCAGGUGCUUAGAGCCAACCAAUACAAAGAGAACCACAACCGAACCCAGCAGCAGGUAGAGACAGAGGUCACGAACAUAAAGAAGACGUUGAAAGCAACCGCUUCCUCCUCGCCCCAGGGGAUGGAGCAGCAGCUGGCGGAGCGGGAGUGCCCUCCCCCCACUGAGCAGAGACAGCCCGCCAAGAAGACGUCCAAGGUCAAGGGGCUGGUCUCCAGUCGUCACUGACGCCCGCAGCAACAGGAGGGCUGCGCUUGGACCCUGGGAGGACUCCCACUCCUCCUUCCAGCAGCUUCUGGGCCAGUCUGGGUUCUUUAGGCUGGGGGACCCAGGUGGGUCCAGAUUUCAACCAGCAAGGGACACUGCCAAGCUCACUGUCACCUAGGGUGGCCCUUGCAGCGCUGGCGCUUUUUUUUUAAUGAGGAACAGGAGGGUACAGUUUGUUCUCAAAUGUGGGAGCAGGACACGGGAGAAAAGGCGCGGUUCCCGUGAGGUCCCUGUGUUAGGCCAUGGCCUGUUUCCCAGCCGUUUGCAAGCAGGUUCCUGGGCUCAUCCCUUGCCCUGUUCCUCAGCAAUGUGGAUCCCAGGGCAGCGAGAUUUGCCUUCCAGCCGAGAGAGUUAGCAGGAGGAGAGAGGGAGGGAUUUCUUAGCCUCCCGCUCUGCCACGUACCAAAGGUAAGGCCGUGCUCCUAAGCCCAGGCAUUGGCUCUUGUUGCUACCUUCCUUUUCCCCCUGUUCCUUCCAGGACAUUUAUCUUAGGGUGCAACUCUCUACCUCAUGCUGGGAAGGCUGGGGGCCGGGCUGCGUUUACUUGCCACCCGCUUUGCUGACCUCUGCAGCCCAGGAGCCCCUUGCUGGCUUUGAAAGCUCUCGUGUCUUACAGCGCUGAAGUGGAGGAAGCUCUGGGAGUGGGUGGGAGCCGAGCUAGAAGGGCAAAGCUGCUUUUCCGGUCUCCCGCUGCUUCCCACCCACCCCUUCCUGGCCAUCCAUGUAAGAGACAGGGUUGUUGCUGAAGUUGUGCGUCCUCCGUGUGUGUGUUCCAUGGUCACAGAUUCUCCCCUCCUGAAACCUUUUUGAGUGUAACGUGUUAAAAACCUCCUUGGGUGUAAGUGAGCGCUGUGAAGAGAGGUUCCCAUCUUGACCUCCUGGCCCUGGAAACACCCCCCCCCCCAGCAGAGGGCAGGAGGAGGCGUCCCCUUCUGGCCUCUGCGAGACUUUCAGAACUUGAACCCCUUUCUGGUUGUAUUGGACACCCCCUUUCCCCUUUUUCGUUUGUACAUUUGUUGGGAGGCUUGAGAAUUUACAGCCUUUUAUUUUUUAUUUGAUAUUUGUUACGGACUAAUUGAAGGUGACUUUGUUAGAAGGUUUGUUUUGUUUUCUAUUAAAAAAAGCUUUGAAAUUCA